CAAAGAAAGAAAACUGGACAGAACUAAUAACUAUAUUAUAGUUAUUAUUGUUGCUAAUGAAGUUAAAUCAAAACUCUGAUCUUAGCUUCAGCUUUUUAUUUUUGAUGCAGUUUGAAGAACGUCAUUGAUUCCAUUGAAGCUGCUGCACACAAUGCUUUUAUUCUGAAGGUCAGUAGGCCUGUUUCCGCCCAGCCUCCUCGGUUCUCGCCAGCUUUCUUUAUCGGCUCUCGGUCUUCCUGGUUCCGCGGAGUUGGAGCUGGUCUCUCUGCGUGUUUCUGUAACAAACAAUGACUUCAUCGGAUCUGGAUGCGGAUCUCUUUGUUUCUCCCAGAAAAUGCGCUUGAAGUCGGACGUUAGCGGCUGAUCUGUUGGAAGUGGAGCAGGCCUCUGGGGACAGUCCGUCCCGCUGCAGAUCAUCCGUCUGUCAAUCUGUCCAACAUGGGACUGAAACUCGUUGUUUUGACACUUCUUACACUUUUUCUAUCUCCAACGGAGGCUGCUGUGUCUCCAGCCGAGGGGAACCAGCAGCAGGAGUUCGAACCUCUGCAAUCCAUUUUGGACGACUUCGACGUACUUCCUUUCUCCAGCUUGCAGACUCACUCUGUCCGCCGGCGGGACGUCCAAACUGAGACCCACGUGGAGAAGCUGCUGAGCUUCAAUGCCCUGCAGAGGAAUUUCAGACUUUACCUGAGAACCAACAACGAGAUCUUUACAAAGGACUUCAGGGCUGUCGUCGAGGACGAGGACGGCCAGAUGCGGAGUUACCAGGUCAACAGACACAACUACUUCACUGGACACGUCAUCGGGGAGGAAAACUCCCGUGUUCAGGCUCAUAUAGACAACAACGAGUUCUCAGCUCACAUUCUGACUGAUGAGGCAGAGUACAACAUUGAGCCUCUGUGGCGGUUCACGUCAGUGCCCCCCGAUGGCCGCCUCCUGAUCUACCGCUCAGAAGACAUCAGGAACAUCAGCAGGCUUCAGCAGCCCUCUGUCUGCGGAUACGUGGCGUCUGAAUCCUCUCACCUCCUGCCUGAGGGCGUCAGCGCAGCCAUGAUGGGCGAUGAAGAGGAAGAAGAGCCAGUGCUCAGAGGGAAACGUCAGGUCCACGACCACAAGAAGAACACAUGUCCAAUGCUGCUGGUCGCCGACCAUCGUUUCUACAAACACAUGGGCCGAGAGGAGGAGAGCACCACCAUCAACUACCUGAUCGAGCUCAUCGACCGCGUGGACGACAUCUACAGAAACACGUCGUGGGACGAAGAGUUCAGCGGUUACGGAGUUCAGAUCCAGCAGAUCAUCAUACAGAAGUAUCCCACGGAAGUUCGUCCUGGUGAAAGUCACUUCAACAUGAAGGGGACUCCGGUGGAGGGCAGAGACGUCUGGGACGUCAAGAAGCUGCUGGAGCAGUUCAGCAUGGACAUCGCACAGAAUGCCUCCAGCGUCUGCCUGGCCCACCUCUUCACCUACCAGGACUUCGAUGAGGGCACUCUGGGCCUGGCCUAUGUGGCCCCAAACAAACCAGACUUCCCCGGAGGUCUCUGCUCCAAACCUUGUCCUUCAACAGCUAACAAUCAUGGAGGCAUCUACCUGAACACGGGCCUCACCAGCACCAAGAACUAUGGGAAGACAAUCCUGACCAAGGAAGCGGACCUGGUGACAACCCAUGAGCUGGGUCAUAACUUUGGAGCGGAGCACGACCCGGACAAUGUUCCGUACUGCGCCCCGCGGGUAGACCAGGGAGGGAAGUAUGUCAUGUACCCCAUCGCUGUGAGCGGAGACCACGUCAACAACAAGCUGUUCUCCAGCUGCAGCAAGCGCUCCAUCGUGAAGCGCCUGCGCUCCAAAGCUGCGUCCUGCUUCAAAGAGAGGAACGUCAACGUGUGCGGGAACUCCCGGGUGGAGCUGGGCGAGGAGUGUGACCCGGGCUUGCUGCACUUCAACUCCGACAGCUGCUGCACCCAGGAAUGCCGGCUGAGGGACGGAGCUCAGUGCAGUGACAGGAACAGCGCCUGCUGUAAAAACUGUAUGUUCCAGAGGAGAGGCGUGGUCUGCCAGGAGCCCAUCAACGCCACCUGUAAGGGCCACUCCUACUGCACAGGAAACAGCAGCGAGUGUCCUCCGCCAGGGAACGCUCAGGAUCAAACGGUGUGUUUGGACAACGGACAGUGCCGCGACGGCGAGUGUGUUCCCUUCUGUCAGGUGGUCCUGAAUCUGGAGCCCUGCGCCUGCAACGAAACAAACUCGUCCUGUAAAGUCUGCUGUCGGGGUGGAAACGGGAUCUGCAGCCCCUUCGUUGACAGGAAAGGCGACUUUGUGUAUCUGCGGAAAGGCAAACCCUGCACCGUGGGUUUCUGCGACGGAGCGGGGAAGUGCAUGAAGCAGGUUCAGGACGUGGUGGAACGUCUGUGGGACUUCAUCGAUAAACUCGACAUAAAUACGUUCAGAAAGUUCCUGGCUGAUAACAUCGUGGGCUCGGUGGUGGCGUUCUCGCUCCUUUUCUGGGUUCCUUUCAGCAUCCUGGUCCACUGUGUGGACAAGAAGAUGGAUAGACAGUAUGAACAGACCACCAAGUCUCUGUUCUUCUCUAGCAAUGCUGAGCUCUUGAGCAGCCUGGAUUCUGCUUCUGUCCGGAUCUUCAAACCUCUCAGCUUCCCAACCGCCCCUGUGCAUCUCCCACCGAUUGGGCCACAGCAGACCAGCAGCCCGCCGGUCUUCAGCGCCGGAUCUACUUCGAGGCACACAUCUCCGCUUCUGGAUGCCGCCCACAUGGCCACCAUCCUGGAGGAUCCCAGCUUGGACUCCCACCUGGACGAGGAGCUGCAGGAGGCGUUCGGACGACCAGCUAGAGACACUCGGCGUUCGUUCGAGGACUUGACUGAGAGAAACCCAAUGAGCCACAGCAGCAAGUCAAAGCUGUUCCGACUCCAGAGGCAACAUCAGAUUGACAGCAAGGAAACUCAGUGCUAAGAGGCACAGCUAGGGGGCGCUGCCCCCUCAUCUGAUAAAAUUGAUCUGCUGAGGCAGCUCUAUUGUUUCUCUAAACUCAUCUCCCUGCUACAGAUGAUGUUCUUCAGAUGUUUAUCACCCGUCUCAGGUACCAGACUAAAGCCUCUGUUUGGCUUUAAUCUUAUUUUCUAUUUUUAACAAAUCUUAGCAGCUGUUGGACGGGACAUCCACCACAAGGGUCCCUGAACGCCUCACGCUCUAAACACAGAGGCUGGUGUCGGUUGUGUUCAGGCUGAAUAAGUGAUGGAAAUUUAUAAUCAGUUUUUUAAAUACGUUUUUUCUACAGCGGCUCAUUUUUUUCCCCAUAAGGUACAACUUUUAAAUUUGCACUCCCGUUGUUAAAACAGUCCAGUUUUAUAGUUAUAAAUUAUUUGUGUAGAAAUCCACAUUUUUAUAAUUUCGAGACUGACCUGCAUUAGUGUUUGAGUUACUGUCAGAUAAUCCACCAACACUCAGUCUUUUUCAGGUUGAUCACAAUUUUAAUGCUUAGAGCAUAUUGACACCAAGUCCAGAAAUUAAUAGAAAAAAAACAAAAUCACAUUAAAUGUCUGACACAUCAGCAAUGGACCUAAAAUGGGUGUUUUUCUUAAGACUUUAAUGCCCACAAAUAUUCUUCAAAAUAAGAGUCUAGAGCAAUUAAAGCUGAAAUGUCUCCAAAACAAGUUUUCAAAUUCCUCAUAAAUUUGGAAAAACGAGUUUUCUGGAUUUCAGGCAGUUUUGCCAAAUUUUCUUAGAUUUAAAACCGUCUGUGCGAUUAAAGUUAAAACUGUCCCAGUUGGAGCUUUUUAUUUGUUUUAAAUCUGUUUAUUUUCAGAUUUAGGUAUAAUUUCAGGUAUUUUCAGCACAGUUUCACUAAAGAAGUUUGGCUAAAAUGGUUUCUACUGACAGUGCUUUAAUUAAAAACCGAUACAAAACAGCCGAACUUGUGAGACAUUUUAAAGAUGGUCGACAGUUUUAAACGUCUUUUAAACUGUGUUUUGUUUUAAACAGAUUUGUCCGGAUUUAAACCAAAGAUUUACAAACUUUACAGUUUUGGGGUUCAGGAGAAAACCAGCUUUCAUUACGCGCUGUGUUUUGUUUUACUGUAUUAACCAGCUGUUAGUGUUAAAACCACCUGUCAGUAUUUUAUGUCUGUUUUAAUGUGUUUUCUUUCGUUUUAAUGUUUUUCAAAGCUGCAACUUUAACAUGAAAAAUAAAAGUUACUGUUCAGAAAA